AUGUCCGCGCCCGAUCCCUUCUCUACCCCUGGUCGUCCCCCGCCCGACCUUCUCGUGUGCAAGACGUUUUACUUCGUUUACUCCCUUGGUCUCGCGUGUCUCAUUCCCUUUCUUCCGUUGCUCUACGCCCAAUGGGGGCUCAGCGCGACGCAUGUUGGAGCCAUGGGCGCGAUUCGCUUCGUCAUCGGCUUCAUCGCGGUACCACUGUGGAACGGCAUCGCGGACGCGACGAAAAAGCACAAUGCGAUACACUUCGUGUGCCUGGUGUGCCAAGCGUCGACGUACGGGCACCUGAUCAACGUGAGUCACGCGUGGCCGACGAUUUGGUUUUACGUCGUCUUCGCGGAGUGCCUGUCGAGUCCGAGUACAUCGCUCGCGGACGCGGCGAGCGGGAGCAUGGUGCGGCGAUGGAACGUGCUGAGAGGGUUAGGGGAACACGACGAGGGCUCGGCGUCUUACGGGCGACAACGCAUGUGGGGGGCGGUGAGUUGGGGGUUCGUCGCGGCGCCCGUGAUGGGCGCCAUAAUGACGAGAGGAAGUCCAAAGACGCGAGAGCGCGCGCCGUUCGUCGGAUGGUUUGUGAUUUUACUCGCCGCUGCGUUAUUAUCGACGAAACUACAACACGGCACGGAAGGGGACGCGGAUGCGCGCGCAGAGAAGGAGAGCGAGGAGGAACUCGCCGAGGCGGAUGAGAGCGGCACGUUCUCGCGCGUGGCGUCCGCGGAGGAUCUACACGCGCCGAUUUCAGCUUCGUCGAUUCCGAGACAGCUGUGGAGUGUUGUCAAGCAGCCGCCGGUGGCGAUGAAGUUCUUCUUGUUCCUCAUGGCGGGCGCGUCGAUGGCCAUCACGGAUAUUUAUUUGUUCCUUUGGCUAAACGAGUGCGGCGGGACGCCCUGGUUGAUGGGCGUCGCGUUAUUCUGCACGUGCGUGACCGAGGUCGUGAUCUUCUAUUACGGAUCGUGGAUCAAGAGGACACUCUCACUCGACUGGUGCUUGAUCUUGACGCCGUUCGCGUACUUUCUGCGUCAAGUGUAUUACUGGGCGCUUCCAUACUUUGGCAACGCGUGGGCAGUCCUUCCAGUGCAGUUUCUCCACGGAAUCACAUUCGGUCUGUACUGGAGCACGUCGAACGAUUUCAUUCAAGAUAUCGCGCCGAGAGGUCUGACGGCAUCGAUGAUGGGACUCUUCGGAGCGGUGAACUCCAUCGGUGGUCUCGGGGGAUCCACCCUCGGCGGACUCGUGUACGAUAAAUUCGGCGGCGGGCGUCUAUUUUUGGGAAUCGGCCUGAUAAACUUCUUCCUCGGCUCCUGGUUCACGGUGAAUAAGCUCAGGAAAGAUCGCGGGACGCCGAACCAGUCAGACUCGAUUCGAUACGUCAAGCUCGAGAACGUAGACAACGAGCUUUAG